AUGUUGAAGACUGCAAUUAGGUUCAAGGAAGUGUUUCCUAGAUACCAUAGAGUAGAGCAAGCUUUUCUGUGGGUGGUAACUCCUGAACAGUGGGAAAAGGUUGAGAAUGUGAACCAAGUUUUAGCUGUUUUCAAUGAUGUGACCAAUGUUGUCUCUGGAAGUGACUACCCUACAUCCAAUCUGUUUCUACCUGAGGUGUGGAGAAUGAAAGAAAUUGUGGAUAUUAAGGCUGGGGAUAGGAAUGAAUAUAUGAGAUUAAUGUCAGCUAAGAUGAGUGAUAAAUUUGAUAAGUAUUGGGGUGAAUCUAAUAUGGUGAUGGCCUUAGCUGCUGUGUUGGAUCCUAGAUACAAAAUGAAGUUGAUUAGGUUCUGUUUUCCUAUCAUUUAUCCACUUGAUACGAAUGGUGAUAGUAUAAAGGCUGUGUUGAGUACUUUGAAAGAGUUGUUUGAGGUUUAUGUUGCUGCCCAUAAUGCAUCUAUCAUUCAACAACAAGCAGCUGCUGAAGUCAGUGCUGCUACUACUUUAAUUGCCUCUGUUACAGAGGAAGUUUCUGGUGGCAGAUCACGUUUUAGGCAACAUGUUAGAAGCAAUGACAUCAUCCGGCCCAUAAAAACAGAUUUGGAUGUAUAUCUUGAAGAAGAUGUAUUCAUUUCUGAUAGUGAGAAUGGGGAAGACAGUGAUGCAAACUUUGAUGCUUUGGGAUGGUGGAAAUCCAAUGCCUUAAAGUACCGCAUCUUAUCUAAGAUGGCACGGGAUGUAUUGGCUGUUCCAAUCAGUACUGUUGCUUCAGAAUCAUCUUUCAGUGCGGGUGGUAGAGUUAUUGAACCCCAUAGAGCAUCAUUAUCAAUUGAUACUGUUGAGAUGCUCCUAUGUGGUGCAGAUUGGGUUAGAGCACUUCAUGGCAUUAAGAAAAAAUGUAGAAUACCUAAAAUGGUGGAAGUGGAAUUGCCAAAUGUGCCGUGA